UACCUGAGUGCGAGCCAGUGCACAAGCCGGUGUCUCGCGUUUUCGGUCGGUAAAAGACUGUGCCGCGGUGAUGAUGGGGCCCAUAUCCUAACGUGUGUUAAGCUAUGCACGCGGUUCUCGUGACCGUCUACCUUCUGCUCGUCACACCGUACACCACUUCCUGGUGGGCCGCAGGUAGCGAAUUGGUCAUGAAUCCUAAGCAGAUGUGCAAGAGAGCUAGAAGAUCCAAAGGCAAGAUGGCCGAAAUUUGCAACAAGUCCAGACUCCUCGAGCACAUCACCACCGGCAUCAUGUUAGCACAGAACGAGUGCCAAUAUCAGUUCAGACACAGAAGAUGGAACUGCACUUCGUCAAAGAAAAGUAUUAAGAAAGUUAUGCUGCGAGAUACUAGGGAAACAGGUUUCGUCAAUGCGAUAAUAGCGGCCGGUAUUACGUUUCAAGUUACAAGGGCUUGCACCAAGGGCGUGAUCGGUUGCGCUUGCGACAAGAGGAAAAAUAAAAGAAAAAAUAAAAGAAAGAAAUUUUUGACUCCGGAACAGGACUGGGAAUGGGACGGGUGCGUCGAGAACAUCGAAUUUGGGAUCAAAAAGUCGAAAGAUUUUCUGGACACGCGAUACAAGAAACGAAGCGACAUGAAGACUUUGGUGAAGUUGCACAACUACGUAGCCGGGAGACAUGCGAUCAAAGAGAACAUGCGCAAGGAGUGCAAGUGUCACGGCCUGUCCGGCUCUUGCUCCAUGAAAUCUUGUAUACGCAAAAUGCCUUCGUUCCGAGAAAUAGGCAACCACCUCAAAGAACGGUUCGACGGUGCAGCCAAAGUCAUCGCGGGCAACGAUGGUCAGAGUUUCAUGCCGGAGGGAGAAACCAUCAAACCUCCAAGUCGGUUCGAUUUGGUCUAUUCGGAAGAGUCCCCAAGUUUUUGUCUACCGAACACCACUCUCGGAUCUUUCGGUACUCAAGGGAGGGAGUGUAACGAAACGUCUCCAGGCGAAGAAGGUUGCGGUAUACUAUGCUGCGGUCGGGGCUACCACACGUACACGAAGGAAGUGCAGAAGAAUUGCCGCUGUGAGUUUAUUUAUUGCUGUGAUGUCAAAUGUCAGACUUGCAACGAGAGUGUGAGGAUUAGUACUUGUUCGUGAUCGGUUUUGACUUUGAAUUAGUUUGUGAUUCCUCGGCAAGUUUUGUAUAUACUAUAUCUAAUCGUCGCAUGGUUUCGAGGAUUUUUAAUUUAUUUAUAUGUACUUUUUAAAUUGUUUACUAAUAUAAAUUUGUAUAUACCAA